CGGGGCCGGGAGACCGGAAGUUGUGAUUGGGCCGGAAGUCGCGCGAGGUGGCAGGGCGGGCUGCGCGCGCCGCUUCCGGUCAGGAGCCGCCGUUAGGCCGCAGCUCGAGCCGCGGGGACGGCGCCAUGGACGAGACCAGCCCGCUCCGCUCACCGCUGCAGCCUCCGCCGGACACCUACUUCUCCACCGCCGCGGUCUUACCUCCGGCCUCCGCCCCGGGUUUCGGGGUUCGCUGCGCGGCUCCGGCUCCGGCUCCCACUCCCACUCCGGGGUCUGGGGUGAGGGUCCCGGGCCCGGCCUCCUCGUCCGCCCCCGCCCCCGCCCCCUCGGCCUCCUCCGUUUCGCCCCCCGGAUCCCCCGGCUCCGUCCGCGAGCGCCAGCCGCUGCUGGGCCCCCGCAGCCUCAACGACUUCCCCGAGGAGCCCGAAUUCGCCGAGGUGAUGCGGCGGGCCGAGCAGGCGCAGGAGAUGGGCAUCCACCCGCAGAGGAUCAGCCAGGGCUCGAGUGGCAGCUACUUCAUUCCGGACCCCGCAGGGAAAUUUAUAGGUGUUUUUAAACCGAAAAAUGAAGAACCAUAUGGUCACCUGAACCCUAAAUGGACCAAGUGGCUACAGAAACUAUGCUGUCCAUGCUGCUUUGGCAGAGACUGUCUCGUUCUUAAUCAGGGCUAUCUCUCAGAGGCUGGGGCCAGUCUGGUGGACCAGAAACUGGGACUUAACAUAGUACCAAGGACUAAGGUGGUCUAUUUGGCAAGUGAGACUUUUAACUACAGUGCAAUUGAUCGGGUGAAAUCCAGAGGGAAGAAACUGGCUCUUGAGAAAGUGCCAAAAGUUGGGCAGCGGUUUCACAGGAUUGGUUUACCUCCUAAGGUUGGUUCCUUCCAGUUGUUUGUAGAAGGUUAUAAAGAUGCAGAUUACUGGUUGCGGAGGUUUGAAGCAGAGCCCUUGCCUGAAAAAACCAAUCGCCAGCUGCAACUGCAAUUUGAACGGCUUGUUGUUCUGGACUACAUCAUCAGGAACACAGAUCGAGGUAAUGAUAAUUGGCUGAUCAAAUACGACUGUCCUAUGGAUAGUGGCGGCUCAAAGGAGAAUGACUGGGUUGUGGUGAAAGAGCCUGUUAUAAAGAUUGCAGCAAUAGAUAACGGUUUGGCAUUCCCUCUGAAGCACCCAGACUCAUGGAGAGCCUAUCCUUUUUACUGGGCCUGGCUGCCUCAAGCGAAGAUUCCAUUUUCCCAGGAAAUUAAGGACCUUGUUCUUCCUAAAAUUUCUGACCCGAACUUUGUAAAAGAUUUGGAAGAGGACCUUUACGAGCUAUUCAAGAAAGAUCCAGGAUUUGAUCGGGGACAGUUCUACAAACAGAUUUCUGUUAUGAGAGGGCAGAUCCUAAAUCUCACACAGGCCUUAAAGGAUGGGAAGUCGCCUCUGCUGCUCAUCCACAUCCCGCCCGUCAUUGUGGAAACAACUCGAAGCCACCAUCGCAGUAACGACUUGUACACACAAAGCUUCCAGAGCAGAAAGCCUUUUUUCACAUGGUGGUAGCAUACUGGAUGCGGAAUGAGAACACCACCCCGGUGAACAGCUGGUUGGUUGAAUAACCUGAUAAUCCUGGGCUGCUUUCCCCUCUUCAGGAUGAGAACUCAGUAGACUUGUGUCAUAGCUGGAGAGAAAGAGAGAAGCCUGCUUUGUGUUUUAUCCCACGUGUGAUUAUUGCACAAGACUUCACUACAUCUGUAAGAAAUGACGUGCGAGGGGGACUAUUCUGGAUGAUUUGCACUUAAUUCCUUCACUUCUUCUCUUCAGUCCCUCCCCCAAACACACUUUCUUAUCCCUUAAUUCCUCCUCCUCCUUCCCCACCCACCCACCCACAAUUGUUCAUAUGUUCACAUUGUCAGGCAGGCGUUGGGUUGUCCACCCUCCACUGGACUCUUCAUAGCUGCUGCAGCUGAGUUGAUGUGUGGUCAGGCUGCCUAUACCUGUCUUAAGAAUUUGAUUUAUCUUCCUUUGCACUAAAAUGGUUUUGGUUCAAAAUGCAGCCAGAUACACUUCACUGUGAGCUCUGGUUAUGCUGGUCCAGGAAUCUCUCGAUCUGAUCAUGUUCUAUUCAAGUCUGCUUUGCUGUUUGUGUUUAUAAGAGGGAGAGAGAAAUGAUGUAGAGGACUGCGAUGUCAAAAGUGAUGAUGCUGUACUUGAGAAGAAAAUCUCUGGAAGGAGGUAUCACUAGCCUCAAGUUUCAGCUUGGGGAAAUGGUGAGGGAGAUGAAGAAAGAUAGGUCUACACUGAGUGCAGUCACUGUUAAUGUGAACGCCAGCUGGACCAAAAUGUGCUUUGCAACUUAUUGAAUUGGAACCUUCUGCUUUGAAUCUGCAGCAUGAAUUUACAAUUCUAUAUAUAAAAGAUUGCAGUUAUGGCUGGUACUGAAACACCUUUCCUCCUUCCCCAGCUUCCUUUGAUUUCUAUGUAGUGUGUUUAGAGGGGACUUGGGGCAGUGGAAAGGGUAUGCAUGUAAAAUGACUGUAAAGCUACAUAGCCCAGUUAAUUGUCAAGAAGAAAUAAUCUGCGAUGAGAAGCCAAUACAGCAUGCUUUUUAAAAAAAAAAAGCCAAAAGAAUGGUUAACACAUACUUUGCACAAGGUGCAAGUAGAUGUCCUCUGUACUCAGUAUAUCAUUCGUCUGUCAUUAACCAUGGCACCUUGUUGAGACCCACAGGUUGCUCAGUGGAUUCAGGUUUGGGCAGCGACUGCAUUUCCUCUCCCCUGCUCUUCAGCCUUUACUGCAUUUCUUUUUUACUUUUCUCAACUUCACCCAGUUGCACUUCUGUUUUGGACAAAUGAGAUGAGUCAUUUUUAAGCUGGAGAGGAGCAGUAUGCUGAACAGGCCAUUAACUCCUCUUUCUCCCUCCUCAACCCUCUCCCCAAAACCACCCUGGUUUCCCUGCCUGGCUGCUUUCAAGCUGCCCGUGUGAGAGAUGUCUAAAGUCUAGGAGGGAUGUUGGGGUAGGGGUGUAACAAAGCAAUGGAGAUGCAAACUUGAGGUUUUAUCAAACUUAUGGUGAUUGAGAGCUGACCUGUCUUAAUAUGUUGCUUAAAGUACAAAAUUAAAUCUUUGACUGUUUUCAGUCCUGGUUAGACUGAUUAACUGCAACUUGACUCCAUUUGAGAGAAAAGGAGAUCAGAGUGGUGGUCAUCUUUAUGGUGACUGCCCUCCGAUCCCCUCUCUGCUUCCUACUAUAAGGACUGCUGCUCCUACCCUUACUACAAAGUACAUGUGGGCCUUUGCCUUCUCCGGUUCUUGCCUUGAACUGUUUCUACUGAGUUGUGUGGAGGAAGAGAUAUGGAUACUUAUUGGCCUCUUGUCACUGAUCAAUGUCUUGUAUUGUAGCAACAUGGUGUGUUCCUGCUCAUUCUUGAGUUUCAUUUGGGAAGUAGGAUGCCUUCCAGUCACUGAGCCACAGUGGGUAAGGUGUCUGUCUCAUUCAGUGAGUGUAGGUAGGUGUUUCUCCCCGUCACUGAGCCGCAGCGACUUGGGUUCCUCCUGGCCACUGAGGGGUGGGUAAAAUUAUUGUAAUUUGUUCAUCCAGAAGCUCAAUAAGUAGGACCAAUUAUCUCUCACAGUUCGUGGGCAAAAUCAAAGCAAUUUACUUGUAAUCAUGUGAAUGGUAAGUGAAUCUAUUUUAACAAAGGCCUCCACUUUGAGCACACAAGGUCACAAAAAGAAAGGAAACUGCAGCGCUGACAAGGAUGGCUCUUUUGGGUUUGGUUUUUAUUUGAUUGUAUUAAUCAGAAGGCAAGUGAGCUGGGCAGCUGUGUUAUCUUGAAUGUUGAGUUCUUUUCCCUUUUAAAACAUUUAAGACUUUGAGAAUAUCUUGCAGCUGAGAAUGUGCUGGAUUUGGGAUUUCUUGCUAGUUAACAUGUGUACUGAGCUCUGAAUUACCUGUUCACUUGCUAGGUGAUGGCCUUUAUUUACAUAAGCCAGAUCCUUGUUAAAAUCAUGCCUUAUUUUUAAGCUAUUUUGAAUCUGUAGUUGCAGCUACAGUAUGAACUGAAGGUUUUAACAGCGUGGUGUUCUUGGGUGUUUAAACUUAAGUCCAUAAGCAUGAUAUAAAUUUAUUUUGUUUGUGAAUUGUACUUCAGCUGAUUCCCCUCUGGACUUUCCAGUACAGGAUUAAAAAAAAAACCCAGUGCCUUCACACUCUUAUUACUGUACAUGCAAACAUUAGUGCUAGAUGCUGUGGAAGAAUGGUUAGAGUUGAAGCCCAGGGUUAGCACAUACAACCAGUCUGUCAUGGGCAUGGUCAGACAAUCAAUUCUUUCCCCUAUCCACCCCUGAAGUUGCUGCCACAUGUGUAAGAGGGACUCUGGCUCCAGGCAGGUUUGUCAGAAGCUGCAUCUGUAUUGUGGAUGACUGUAUAUGGUAAAAUACUUGAAUGGUUCUUCAUUCUGGUCCAUUUAGGACUGAUUUUAAAUCGAUUACCCCAUGGGUUGUUAUUUUCCUUGCAAUAGCUGAAGUUGCAUUAUUAUUUAAUGGUUUUGAGGUGAGGAGUAGGGUUAGAAAACAAUAAAGUUAAGCAAACCUCAAGCGAGUAGUGCGAUUUUUUUUUAAUGUUACUUUUGUAAUGCAUCAUUUUUAACAGCUGAGGCUGAUAUAAUUGGGGGGAGGUGAUUAAAACCAACCUAGGUUAGAGAGGGCAAAAGCGGUGAAUUCCUGCUCCCGAUCACUUGAGCAAUUGUGGCUACAAAGUAUGGAGGUUGGUCUGAAUCCUGUUGUGUUCAGACAGCCUAACAACACACUACUUGUAGAAGUGCAUAACCAUUUGGAUCAGAUCCUUGAGGUUACAAAAGCCAUGUCUUUUGGGGAGAGUGGGUAAAGGGCAAUUUCUUAUACUAUGGGUUCUGUUGAAGCCACAUUAAAAUUGUCCCUCUUGUGUGGGAUUCCCACCCCUCACUGCACCUAUUUUACUGAGUGCUGGAGCACAGUGAACUACAAUCAGGCAUUGCUGGGAAUGAUCCUUAUCACUAUGUGGUUUAGUGGUUGAGGACCCCUGUGUAUUGACUUGUGAUUUUGUGGGUUUUCCUUAUGGACCCCUCACUGCCCCAACAGAAUGUAUUUAAUAAAGAAAUGUGGCCCAAUGAAUCCGACAGAACAGUCUUGCUGGCAGGAAAGUAGAUUUUUAAAAUGGCAGAUUUUACAAGUGGCAUGUUAAAUUGUUCUCUGUAAUUUAAAAAAAAAAUCUCUGCCUGCAGGUCUGCGGCUAACUUAAGAACAUUGUGAAUUAUCAGGCCAUUGCACCUUAAUAGGUAGGGAGGCACUUUUCCUUCUUUCCCCUUUAGUCGUUGAAACAUGGAUAUAAUAUUUGAUUUCUCUCAAACCCCAUGCCACUGACUGCCCCAACCCCCACCCCAUCCCUUUCUGCAUUCGAGUUGCUCAUUCUCUAUCGCCCACCUGAGUAGCAUACAGAACUGAAUGAUUAUUAUGCAGUUACAGAGAAAAGUAAUAAGAUUUGUUUAAAGCCACAUAAAUGUGUGCAAGUUGGAAUACUUCAGGGCUUUUACACUAACAAUGUUAAUUAUAAUAGUCUUUCGUUGCACAAAUCUCAUUCCAGUCAGAAUAAUUAUUUGCAGAUAAUGAUCUGUAAAAAUCCCGUGCACAUACUUUUGUUACGCAUAUAAUGACUCACUACCCGACUGAAAUUUCUGUUGCAGAAGAUUCCAGAGGAAUGCAGAAUUUUGGGAUCCCUUAAGUCACCAGCCCCAAUUCACUUGUCAGAUGAUUCCUUUGAGUUAAAUUGCAUCUUGCAUUCUCCUAGCUAACCACCAACACUGACGGUACAUUGCAAUAGUUUGAGUCUCGUUGCUUCUUUUGCAGUUUGUAAUCUACUUGAACAGCGAUGUAUUUGAGCUGUUUUUAAAAAGAAAAUUCACUGGAACAUGAGCUGCUGACGAAUUUUAUUUGCAAUGUGAGAGUAACACUGUCUUAGAAUCUGGUGAAGUAAAGUUUAGUUUGCUCUGGAUGUAAAUGAAAGUAUCAAGAUAAAUCUGAUCACUUGAUUUGCACUGUUGGUUAACUAAAAUUCAAAUCCCUAUCACAGUCAGUCUUUAAUUAACCAGCGACAUUUCCUUUUUCUCUCUGCUCUUGCAUUCAUCAGAAAUCUUUCUCUCCUUCAAGCCAGUUUACAGAAAUACAAGGUGUAAUGUUCUGUAUAAUGUUUAGGUACUGUAUGUAAACUUGGAGAUGAUAGGUGCUUCACAAACUUGGCACAGAUGGGGAAAAACAAUAGUUUCAGGCAGAGACCUCAUCCCAAAAUAAUCAAUUGUUUUCACACUUGAGGGACCUGCACAAUACACUGUACUUGUUUCUAUCCUAUGACUAUGAUCUGAGUUUAAUCCCAAGUUGCACUCAUGUUUGAAGACCCAGCUCUUGCCUUUCUAUCCCACCUUUGUCAGUCUCCAAUCUCUGGUCUCAUUCAAAUCUCAAGACUGUACUUGCUCCACCUUGAUUUCUGGCACGUUAUGUUCUUGCCUCCUGGUGUUUUUGUAGCUCCAAUCUGAAUGGUAAAUUGGAAGUGUGUGGAAUCCUGUCAUAGAAUCCUGCCCUUAGAAAUCUCAUCCAUCGACAAAGCUUACCCUCCUUGACCAGUAGCCCUAGUAUCACCAAAAAAGUUGCUUACUGAGAGGUCCAUCAUUGUUGUGCUCUCAAGGUUUUGUUUAUAAUAACUUUCUUUAUUCGUAUUCUAACUUUCUCUUCCUUACUACCUCCCACUGUCAGAACAGAUUCCUCUGUCGUCAAUCCUGGUUGGGCUUGAAACCAAAAAAUACCAGUUGUGUAAUCCUGAGCUGUACCCACCCAAUGUCGACACAUGAGUGCAGGUCCUUUAAUGAAAUGUAAGCAUCUUCCCUCUGACUUUGAAGCCAAGAUCUGUUCUUCUACCUGAGCAGCAUAGGACCCUGGGGCAACAGGCCUUACUUUGUCGGAUGGCUGUUGAGGAAGGAAGUUCUCUGGGUCAUGCAUUACUUUCGGCAGGAUUGAAUUCUCUCAACUAAGGCAACACUGGUCAGAAAAUCCCAUUCUGAUAUGUUGACCAGUGAGAGAUCUGUUUCAAGGUGCUCCUGGUGUCUGACCUUCAGUAACACAAGUGGCAAACUAAUCUCUAAUUUUUCUUUGUCAAUGAAACUGUGAACUUUGUACUGCGUGUAGAAGAAAGCAUAAGUCAUACACAUUUGAAUAAUUAUUCACUGAGUGGGGAAACAGUUUACAAUACUGUCCUAGCUUUUUUUUUGCUUUGUAUGGACUGAUUUCUCUGACUGACAAAGUGUUCCCCAUUUAAGCUAUAAAGUAGAAAAGAAUGUGAGACACUAAACUUGUGACUCCUCCCUGAGGGAUGGCCUGAAUAGCUUGGAGCCUCUAGAUGGUCACAGCUCACACAAAUGAACACAUUUUCUUCUCCACUUCCUUUGGAUGUCUGGAGUCCAGGGGCUCAUUUUCAGCACAGUUCUUGAUUGUUCUGCAUCUCAACAUGGUCUUCUUUCAUCCAGUUGCUCCUCCUCCUAGUCAAUCUCGCUGUUUUCUCUCAGCAGCGGUCCCGACUUGCUUGUGACCAAUAUCACAGGGUUGAAGCAUCUUUCAUGGUACCAAGGGAAUGGAAGGACAGACUUCUAUUCAGCCCCAAACUGCUGCAUUCAGUACAAGUAAAUACUAAUAAAUAUUCUGCAGGGAUAUGCCAAGCAUGAGCCCUCAGUAUAGCACUGCUAGGCUUUAUUGGACCAUCUACAUUACUCAUCAGAGGAAUUAUUAACAAAUAAUGAUUCUGCCAGUUGAAACCUGCUUUUCUUUGCUUGGACAUUGACUAUAAUGUACUGUUCUGAUAAAGCACUGUAUAAUCUGUAAUGUAUUUAAAUAUAUAUAUGAAAUGAAAAUCAAAUGAUCACUAUUUCUGCAAUUAUAAAUCCGCCAAACUCCUGUUUAGCAUUCGAUAAAUUUUCUAAUCUGA